GGCGACCUUUCACGGCUGUACGGCGCCACUCUAGCUGGUGCCACGUCGCCAUGGCUAUCCCCAGUCCUGGUUGCAGUAAACCGCCACCAGCGGCGAUUGCGGGCACUUUGCUGAAUGAAACCAUGCGGUGGGAAGAGCCCGGAUUACCAGCAGUGGACCGGAGAGUGCUGACCUACGUGCCAACAGCCGGAAAAGAGUCUGCACCGAUGCCACUAGUCUUGGUGUUCCAUGGAUGGGGCGGGGGCCCUCACCUGUACCACGAAAAGUUCACCUUUGGAAAACUGGCCGAGGAGGCCGGCUUCUUAGCGGUCUACCCUGAGGGCUUAAGCGACGUGCAUGGGGCUUGGUACCCGAAACGCUCCUGGAAUACCGGGGAUACCACUGUGGAGAAGAUAGAUGCUCCAACGGAGGUUUGCGACCCGAAAGAGGUUACUGCCAAAGGCGUUUGCUACCAGAGCUGCAUCAUCAAGUAUGGGAAGUGUAAGAAGUGUUCGUGGACCACUUGCUAUGAUGAUUUUGCGUUCAUCAUGAAGCUUCUCGACGACGUCGAAAAGAGGUACUGCAUCGAUCUGAGUUCCGUUUUCGCCUAUGGGUGCUCCAAUGGCGGUGUCUUUGCGCACGCUUUGGCUCGCAAAGCGCCCGGAAAGUUCAAGGCCAUCGCAGCGGGAUGUGGUGCCAAGCCGCACCGUGGCUAUGAAACAAACUUCACAGCUGGAGGCGAACCGGUCUCAAUGGUGCUCUUUCAAGGAGGCGAGGAUUGGACCAUCCCUGCAAAGACUCCAAAGCCCCACGCCAGAUGGUGGGAUGGAUACAUUUACGCGAGUGACACCGCGGUGAGAAAGGCGUACAAGGACUACAACAAGUGUUCGAAUCAGGGUCCGCGACCUUUCGUGCAGCCGCCACAUGUGCAUAGUCAACAGAUGUCCUGCACCGAGUAUGGCUACGAUUGCGCUGAGAACUCGAAGGUGGUGGAAUGCGAGUUCCGCGGAGGUCACGACUUGGUGUUGGGCUUGGGGGCCAAUGAGAUCAUGGACGGCCCAGAGCUUGCUUGGAACUUCUUCUGUGAGCAGGCGCAACUCCGGGAGAACUGCCGCAUGCGUCAAUAUGUGAGCCUCAAGCUGCAUUGGUUGGCUCCACAUGGCCUGAGGAAAGGGGCUGAUCCUUUAUCAGCUGACGCUGGUUUCUCGAUGAUGGGCCUCAGGUUGCCGAUGAUCCUGGCUUUCGCUUCUGUGCUUUGCCUUCUGAACCUCCUGCUCCUUUGGGCGCAUCGCCGCAGCAUGAGGUGCGGGCACUUCAGUCCAGUUCAAACACGAGAGGAAGUGGAGGAGUCGCCACCUGCGGCGUUGGGUUGCAAAACGACCAGUCCUGUUGGCGCUAGCGAGCAGCCUUGAGCUUUUGAGUGAAGCCAAGUGAACGAGUCAUCGUUGCCCCAGGAGUUUUGGCACAUUUUUGUGUCGCAGGCCUGUCCAGACAUGGACAUUCUUUUGUGUAUGGUGACUUUCUUGUCGGAACGAUUGGGAACGCCACCACCAGCUUGCUUCCUGCUUCAGCCAGCUUUUGCCAUUGGGCGUGGCUGCGCGAACUGCGCAUGUCACAGCUGCAGUCCACUUAGCUGAAAUGCCCCGGGAGACUUGUAUUCAACUUGUGGGGAACUGUUCAACUUUCAGGGCGAAGGGCUGCGAGAGCAUACCAUGCACAGUUUUUGAGUGUUGAGC